AUGGCUUCCAAGGAGUCGAACUGCGAUAGCAUCAAACCUGCGCUUGUCGCAGGAGACGAAGAAAUAUGUGAAGGUCGUCUGGGGUACACCAAAUUCGAGAAGGCGGACGAGGAGCAAGACACGAACGAAGUAUACAGCUAUGAAUCAAACCGCUCUCCCUUCGCUCAAGUCAGGGCCGUGGUACCCGAGACAGACGAUCCUACUAUGCCGGUCAAUACACCAAGGAUGUGGCUUCUGGGCAUAGUGUUCACUAUGCUUGGAUCCGGGAUCAACCAGUUAUUUUCAUUGCGCUAUCCUUCGGUUCAUAUUGUGGCUCUGGUGGCUGAGCUACUGGCCUAUCCGAUCGGGGUGUUUCUUGCUAAGACACUGCCCAUUGCGUCUGUUCGGCUUGGGCCCCUGGGGGCAUUCGUGAUCAACCCAGAUAAGUCAUUCAACAUCAAAGAGCAUGCACUGAUCGUUAUCAUGAGCAAUGUCUCCUUCGGAUAUCCGUCGGCCGACGCGACGAACAUCAUCCAGGCGGCUAGCAAGAGCUUCUACGACUUCAGGCUGAAGCCCGGACUCUACAUGAUGGUUGUACUCGUCGCGCAACUUCUUGGAUUCGGUGUUGCAGGCCUUACAGCUCCCUGGCUUGUUGAACCGGCUCGCAUAAUUUGGCCAGGAGUUCUUUCCAACUGCGCCAUGCUGGAGACAUUGCAUUCACGCGCGAAUCACCCGGCGAAUGGAUGGCGAGUUACUCGCCUCCGUUUCUUUCUGUUCGUCAUGGUAGUCGCGUUUGUCUGGUACUUCUUCCCCGGACUGACGUUCACCGCGCUGUCUUAUUUGACCUGGGUCUGCUGCAUUGCACCAAAGGAUGUCGUUGUCAACCAUCUCUUUGGAAUGCAAACUGGCCUCGGUCUUAGUCCAAUUACCUUUGACUGGACCCAAAUAGCUUACAACACGAACCCACUCCUCUCUCCCGCCUGGGCUGCUGCAAAUGUUUUUGCUGGCUUCGCUUUCUGUGUCUGGGUCGUUAUACCUGCCAUAUACUAUACGAACAAGUGGUUCACACCAUACCUACCACUGAUGACUGCCAAUGUAUACGAUAAUACUGGGGCUGUAUACAACGCAACUCGAGUUGAACCCGCAGACAAGUCUAUCGACCAGGAGGCCUACUGCAAUUACUCCCCACCUGACCUCGGUGCAGCCUAUGGAUUUAUUUACGGUCUUUCUUUCGCCACCAUCACGUCAGUUUUCUCGCACGUUGCAAUCUGGCAUGGCCAUGAUAUCUGGGCUGCCAUGAAGGGUCGUACUAGACUUGACAUCCAUGCCCGGCUUAUCCGCGCCUCAUACCGCAGGACGCCGUGGUCUUGGUAUGCCGCCAUAAUUAUGAUUACAAUGGCGAUGACAGUCACCAUGGUCGAAGUAUACCACACCAAACUUCCUGUCUAUGGGGUGUUUCUAUCGCUCAUCAUCCCAGUAUUAUACAUGGUCCCAUGUGGCAUAAUACAAGGCAUCACGGACGUGAAUGCCAACCAACUGAAUUGCCUCACUGAAUUCAUUGGCGGAUAUAUGUUCGAGGGUAAGCCGCUUGCAAACAUGAUCUUCAAGGUUCUUUCAACGGAUAUAGUGGGACAGGGUGUCUUCUUCUCCAUGGACAUGAAACUAGCCCAUUAUUUGAAAGUUCCGCCGCGAACCUGCUUUGUGGCGCAAGGGGUAGCCACCAUCGUGAGUGCUCUCACACAAGUGGGCGUUACGCUGUGGAUGUUGGGGAAAGUCUCUGGCAUUUGCAACUCCGACCAGACUUCUGGAUUCUCUUGUCCAAACGGCCGCACUAUUCACUCCACACCUGUGAAUUGGGGGCUGGCGGGACAUCGUCGUCUCUACUCCGCGGGCAGGAUCUACUCUCCGCUGUUACAUUUCUUCUGGAUCGGCGCUUUGGCUCCCCUCGUGACUUACCUGAUGUACCGUUAUACGAGACGCCGAUUCUGGAAACUCAUUAACUGGCCUCUCAUAGUCAUCGGCACUUACAAUGUUCCCAUUGCUACGGGCAUUAACUACUCUAGCUGGGCAGUUGUCAACUUUAUCUUCAACCACUUCAAGCGCCGCUUCUUCGCUUGGUGGAAGAAGUACAACUAUAUCAUGGCAGCUGCCCUUGACACUGGCCUGGCUCUCAGUGGUAUCGUGAUCUUCUUUUCCGUCUCAUACCCUGGGGCCGUUUCCUCUGACUGGUGGGGAAACACUGUGUAUUUGAAAACUGCCGACGCCCAAGGUAUGCCGUACAAGCCAUUGCCAUCAGUCAAGUAUUUCGGGCCUCCUAAUGGAACCUGGAGCUAG